AUGGGAGGGCGAGUUCUGCCAACAGGAAAUAGAGAGUGUUCAUCACAGCCGUGCUUAAACAACGCCACCUGUACUGACCUCCUCAACAGCUACCAGUGUCUAUGCCCGCAGGGCUGGGUAGGUGUGGACUGCUCUGAGGAUGUGGAUGAGUGUGACUCUGGGCCCUGUCUGAACGGAGCUCAGUGUCAGGAGUCACCCCUACCUGGGGAGUUCAGCUGCACCUGCCCCCCCUUCUUCAGUGGGCCCUUAUGCAACAUGCCCUUUGACCCCUGUGACCCUGCCCACAAUCCCUGCCUGCACAAUGCCACCUGCCUGACUCGUUCUGAUGGAACAGCAGCCUGCAGAUGCCGACCCG